AAGGUAAAAAUUGACCACAACAGGAGUUGACCGCAGAACGCAAGGAGCCGGAAUAAUCCCAUUAGGUAUUUGUUUAACGCCCUAACGAUACUGCCAAACAAUGCUGAAGUUACAUAACCUGUUUCUACUCUCCCCUGUUCGACAAACGUAGCUUUGUUUCUUCUCAAAAGACCAAUAUUCUUGAUAGGAAACGAAAGCCACUUGAGCACCAAUUACGACCGAUGAACUACCUGUCUGACAGACUAGAGCCUCGUUUAGCUCAAGUAGAGUUUGAUUAUCUCCCUUUAAAUCAGUAACUUCACGUUGCGAUGGUCAAUGUUUCGGUCAGUUAUGAAAAAAUCAUGAUUAGUUUUAUAUUUCAAGACGGAUCUACGAUUCAUUCCACAAGUCGGGAGUUCAAGUAUAUGUUUCGUUUUUUAUUUUCGCUGUUACCGAGAAUAUGACCCUCAAUGGUAAACAAUAAACAAUACUAGAUAGCAUUUAUUUAAAAUUUAUUCACAAGUGUACUACUUUGUGCUAGGAGGUGCUGCUCUUCUGUACUAAAAAAUGUCUCGCUAUGAUGUAGAGAAGUUCCAUCCACCCCCAGACCCUGAACUAAUAUGCUGUAUCUGCCAGUGUGUACUUGACAAUGCAAAAGAAAGCCCCUGUCGCCACGUCUUCUGUAAAGUGUGCAUAGAGCAGUGGCUGGAGGAUCACAACAGUUGUCCAACAUGCCGUACGUGGUUGAGCAAGCAUGACCUUCAGAAUGUGCUGCCCCUUGUUCAAAACAUGAUCAAUAAAUUGGCCAUGUACUGUGACUUCCGUAAUAAUGGCUGUGAUGAGAAAAUUAUACUGGAAAUGUAUGAUGUGCACAUUCAGAAGUGUGACUUCAAACUAUUGCAGUGUCCCUACCCUGGCUGCAAUUCAACUGUAUUACAUAAGGACCUUUCCAAACAUAUGAAUGAACUGUGCACUUUCCGGGAGGUAACCUGCAACAGAGGUUGUUAUUUAAAAAUCCCAAUUAAUGAAGUACCUGUCCAUGACUGCCUUUCUUCUUUAAAGCAAAAAUCAGAAAAACAACAGAAAUUAAUUGAAGAAUAUUUGAAGAAAAUAAAAGAAUUUAUUACAUUGAAUGAUACUUUGAAAAAGAAAGUGGAGAACUUACUUCGGAAUUUUGAUGACACAAGUCCUCAUUCUGUUGAAGGUGUAUCUAAUUUAUUUUCCUCUUCUUAUGAAGAUGAAGAAGAUAACACUCCAAUUAACGUCCUUCGAAGAACAGCCGAUAAUUCCGUCACUAAGUUGUUAGUCAUGUGUAAUUAUCUUGAAUUUUACACUGAUGCUAUCGAUCAGAUUACAGAUGAGAUCAACGAACUCCAAGAUGAAACCAGUCCUGUAAUAAAUUCUAGCUCUACAUCUACAGCUAUUGCAGCAGCCACUACUGAGCCAACACAAAACUCAGAAGAUACAACUGGAAACAGACAAAAUGUAACAGCCACUUCAGUAGAACCUGACUUACAUGGCAAUAAUAGCAGUGAGUCGAGAAGAUUUAGUAGUACAAGGUUUUCUCAGUCGUCUGAGACCUAUCUGUCUAAUGGUAAUCCCGACCAAGAUCCUAGUACCAAUGCUGAGUCAGUGUUAUCCAACUCAGUUCAGUUUUAUUCUGGAGAGACUGGAAGUGCUACAACUAGUCCUGAAGACUAUCCAGCUACAGAUAGAGAGCUUGAGGUUUCCUAUGUGGCAGAUUCUGAAGAAGGGAAUAAUUCUUCUGCUGGUUUUAACUACAAUAAUGCAAGUGAUGAUGAUCUAUUUGAUUGGUAUGUAGAUGAGGAGGAAAUCACUAGUGAUGUUUCUUCUUCAAUGCAUUCCUCUCUUGUUACUAAUGUCCCACUGGAAUCCACUGCAAAUGAUGCUACAUCUCAACCAGAAAAUUUUUUUGAUCCAGAAUAUUGGAUUGACACAUACUAUCCACAAUCAUCCGACAGAGGUAAUGAAGUUCACACACCAGAGAAUGGGGUUGAGUUUGAUAAUGUCAGUGUAAAUGCCACUGAUGGAGAUUCAUACACACAUCACUCAGAGGAAAACUAUCUCUCAUCUAACUAUCUUUCAUCGCCUUCUGUAACAUCGGUACAGUUUUCCCCUUUGGUCUCAUCAUCACCACAUCACGAGUCUGACAGUGACAUGUAUGUCUUAUUUUCAGAUUAUAGUGAUGAUGAAGUCAAUCAUGAUAUUGAACUGAUAUCUGAGAAUGAAGUCAGAUUCGCUGUCCCAUUAGAGUCUCAUUGUGAUAAUCCUCAUUCAGAAGACAGUAGGACCAUGAGUGAUGAUGAGGACGAGGGGGAUGAUGAUGAUGAUGAUGAUGACGAUGAUGAUGAUGACGACGACAGAAACAAUUCGGUUUAUCAACUUACUUUCUUGGAAAACCAAAAUUCAAUACGUGAGGAAAAUGAUGAAGAAUCCCCUAGUCCACCAAAUGUGUGUAUGUUUGACCAGCCUGAUGAUUCCAGUGCUGUGAGAGUAUCUACCACAAACAAUUCAAAUCUAGACAUCAAUGAAGUUAGUAUAACACAUGUUUACUCUUCUGAUAAUAAAUUGUCUGCCCCUAAUGAAAGACCAGUGAACCGAGUUUCAUCCCAGGUAUCACUUUAUCAGCAAAGACAUCGUUACUAUGACUUCAACUCCGAACCACUUGCUGUACCCAGUCAACACCAUGUUUUACGCUUACUUCAGUCCAAUAAAGAUUCUAUGCGGUUCAGUCAGCAUGUUGUGUCAGGUAACACUGAGUCAACUCGUCAAACUCCUGGUGUAUCUAUAAAAAUUGAACCUACAUUAGAUUUCAUACGGGUUUCAUCUUCGGAUUCAGGAAAUAUUCAAAAAUCAACCCUGACUACCCGAACAGUGUGUGUACCCCUGCAUGACAUGAACACUUGCAAUUCAGAUGAUGUAAAAGUAAUUAGUGAGAGAGUUGUCCAGGCAGAUACUACUCUUCAAUAUCCUUCUUCUCAAAACCCAUCACGAUACAACCAACGCAGGAAAAGGCAAAAUUCAUCCCCUUCUGGUAAUAGCUUUCCUUCAAAAGUACGUCGCGGGCGUGACCACUCAAAUUUUUAUCCCCAGUCCACCUUUACAAAUACCAUACGAAAUCGCGUUAUGUCUCUAAAAAAUGGACAGAACACUUCCAAUCAACAUCUCAAACAUCAUUUUUCCAAUCGGCAGCAUGCUUCACAAACUACUACUAGCACUGCUUCAAGUGCAAAUAUUUCUGCUCCUUCAAACACUGCUGUUAUGUCAUCCUGUCGACCGAGUUCUCGUUACACUACACUUCACUCUAGUUGGCGAGGAACAGAACCUUGUAACAACAACAGAACAAGAUGCAAUACAAAAAAAACUGCUGCCGCUUGUGAAAGACAAAUGACUAUACAGACUAAUGUCCAAAUUAACCAAUUAGAAGAUAGAUCAUUGCCCAAUGUGAACUCUACCGAUGGUACUGUGCCCUUUGGCCUGCCAAUGCCAGAUCAAUUACAUUCCCACAGAUCUGAGCACACUCUUGGCCAAACAGAUUCGGACAAUGCUAGUUAUGAACCUUCAGAGAGCUGCUCUGAUUCUGAGGUUCCAGAAUCUGACAGUAGUUACGAAGUAUUAAUACCAAAAACUAUUUCUCAAUUAUUAGAUGAAUAUAAUUCUGAUGAAACAGAUGAGAGUUGGUCAGUUGGUAUGGACUAAAAUUAAAUUUUUCAGAAAAAAAUCAUCAAUUUAAAAAGAAAAGUCUUUAAAAUCUCUUCCUUCCAUAUUUAACUUUUAUAUAAUUAAUAAAAAUCAACUACCCAUUUUUGAUUCUGA